CCGGCAAAGCGAGAAUGUAUUCGAGCGGAUAUCGCUCUAUAGUGAAAAACGGGUUCGGCAUCGAUUCAUCGUGAGCAUGACGCAGCCGAAUACGAACACCGAUCGAGCGUUAAACCACGCUGUAAAUAAUCAGUUAGCGUUUUCCCGAUAAACAGCCCAAAAAGAAUUUUCGAAGAACGUGGAAUUCCCACUGGAAAAACUGUUUUGUAUUAUUAAUUUUGUAUAGUUGACCUUUUCGUAUCAACGGUUGGGUUAAUUAUGGCUCAAGACCGACGCGAUCUGGCUGAUUUCUCGGCCGUGCAGUGCAGCGCCCCCUUCCCGGUGACGCUGCGCAUCGCGCCCGGGACCUCCAGCGUCCUCCUCACUGCGUCGCAGGAUUUCGCGGCAGAGCUGGCCCGCGUCCAGACCGACGUCAGCAACGGCACCCUGACCAUCUCUUACACCGGCCAAUUCAGUUCCGCCGGUGCCUCCGCUUUCGGGGGCAGUUUCGCAGGAGGCGCGGUGUUCGCGUCGGGAGGCUCGUCGUUCUCCAGCAGCACCAGCAGUUCGGGCGGGGAGAGCGUCAGCAUCAUCAACGGGGUCGUGUACCGCAAUGGGCAGCGGGUCGAUGGCGGUGACGAGGGCGGAGCUGGGGGCGCCAUGCCGGACAUCCGCAUCACCGUAACCGCCGCCCGCUUCGCCGCCCUGACCCUCGCCGGCGUCGGGAGCAUCGGCAACGAGUCCGUCUCGGCGCUGACCGAGCCGGAACUGGAAGUGCAGUUAACCGGCACCGGCCAGCUGCGUCUGUCCAACAUCCAGGCCGACACCGUCCGCGCCAGUUUGAACGGCACCGGCCAGAUGUCCCUGUCCGGCGGGGCCACCACCCUAUCGGCGAAUUUACAGGGAACCGGACAGUUGGAAGCCCUGGAGCUGCCGGUGCAGGACGCCGAAGUGUGGGUGGCCGGCACGGGUCAAGCAAAGGUCACCGUCGCCCAACGCCUGUCCGGCGGAAUCCAGGGCGUGGGGGCCAUCGGCUACCGCGGGGAUCCGCAGUUGGACGUGCAGAAAUCCUUCACCGGCCGCUUAUACAAAAUUCCCUGAAUUUUUCCACGAUUUCUCGCCGUUUUUGGGAUUUUAAUAAUUUUCUCGAAGAUUUUUAUUGCCAUUUUACGGGAUUAGCUUUUCUGUUGUUCUUGUAUUUUAUAUUCAAUUUUUGCUGACCAGAGCCAGUUACGCAAAACACUAAAAAUGAUGUUUAAUGAUGAUGUCGUGUAUUUUUUUAAAGUUUAAAAUUUGACUAUUAAGUGGUGUACCGGCGCCUGCAGUCAUUGUUAUACUGGCGGCUAUGGCCCAUUAAAGUUUAUUUAAACAUUAAAAAAAUGAUUUUUUUUAA